AUCUACGUGAGUGUGUUUUUCACACAUUUCUUUUUCUUUCCCUCAUUAUAAUAAUAAAUAAAGCAACAAUGUCAGACAUGUCAGAUGAUGAUAACCAGCCUCUCGAGCCUACUCUUCAAAACAUUUUAGACCAAAACUCUCUUCAUUGGAUUUUUGUUGGUGGAAAAGGUGGUGUCGGUAAAACUACUACUUCUUGUUCUUUGGCUGUUCAACUCUCCAAAGUCCGUGAGUCCGUCUUGUUGAUUUCAACAGAUCCUGCUCAUAAUCUUUCCGACGCGUUCGGUCAAAAGUUUUCUAAGGAGGCAACUCAAGUCAAUGGCUUCACCAAUCUUUAUGCCAUGGAAAUUGAUCCCACUUCCAGUAUUCAAGAGAUGGUUGAACAAUCCGAUCAAAAUAACCCAAUGGGUGGUAUGAUGCAGGACUUGGCUUACGCCAUUCCUGGUGUUGAUGAAGCUAUGGGUUUUGCCGAAGUUAUGAAGCAAGUAAAGACAAUGUCUUAUUCUGUUGUUGUGUUUGAUACUGCACCUACAGGUCAUACACUUCGUUUCUUGUCAUUCCCUACUGUGCUCGAAAAGGCCUUGGCAAAGAUCAGUGGUCUUAGCAGUCGUUUCGGCCCUAUGGUUCAACAAGUAUCAGGUAUGAUGGGUGUUAAUGCAAACCAAGAAGAUAUGUUCUCCAAAUUGGAAGAGAUGCGUUCUGUCAUCACCGAAGUAAACAACCAAUUUAAGGAUCCUAACAUCACUACCUUUGUUUGUGUGUGUAUCUCAGAAUUCUUGUCGUUAUAUGAAACUGAGCGUAUGAUUCAGGAAUUAACAUCCUAUCACAUUGACACUCAUAACAUUGUUGUCAAUCAAUUACUGUUCCCCAAGGAAGGAUCGAAUUGUGAACACUGUAUUGUCCGUAACAAGAUGCAGCAAAAAUAUUUGGAUCAAAUUUAUGAUCUUUAUGAAGAUUUCCACAUCAUUCGUAUGCCUUUAUUAACAAAGGAAAAUCCUGCUGCUGGAGACAAGUUCAAGGAAAUCUCUCACGCAUACGAGAUUCUCUCUGAUUCAGAAAAGAGAAAUGCAUACGAUCAUUAUGGUGAAGAAGGAUUAAGUGGUCAAGGUGGUCAUGGACAUGGAAUGAAUGCUGAAGAUUUAUUCUCCCAAUUGUUUGGUGGCGGAGGAGGUGGUAUGUUUGGAGGAGGAGGAGGACGUCGUGGUCCCUCGGGUCCUCGUCGUGGUAAGGAUAUGAUGCACCAACUUAAGGUCUCCCUUGAAGAUUUCUACUUGGGUAAGACUAGUAAACUUGCCCUUCAAAAGAACGUUCUUUGUGUCAAGUGUGAUGGUAAGGGUGGUAAAGAAGGAGCUGUUCAAAUGUGUAGAGGUUGUAAUGGUCAAGGUGCUCGUAUUAUGAUGCGUCAAAUGGGCCCUAUGGUCCAACAAUUCCAACAAACUUGUCCUGAUUGUAAUGGUCUUGGUGAGAUCAUCAACGAAAAAGAUCGUUGUAAGCAUUGUCUCGGUAAGAAGAUCAUGAGUGAUAGAAAAAUCCUCGAAGUUCAUAUCGAACGUGGUAUGCGUGGUGGCCAAAAGAUUACUUUCUCUGGUGAAGGCGACCAAGCCCCUGGCAUCCUUCCAGGUGAUAUCAUCAUUCAAUUGGAUGAAAAGCCUCAUCCCCGUUUCACACGUCAAGGUGAUGAUCUUAUUUAUGAAGCAAAGAUCGACCUUUUGACUGCUUUAGCGGGUGGUCAAUUUGCUGUCCCUCAUUUGGAUGACCGUGUUCUCAUGGUCACCGUCAUUCCCGGUGAAGCUAUCCAACCUAAUAUGGUCAAGGUUGUUCCUAACGAAGGUAUGCGUAUGCAACGUGUGGAUAGCCAUGGCCAUCUCUUCAUCAAGUUUACUGUUGAGUUCCCUCAAGCCAACUGGACUGAUGAAAACACAUUAAAGAAGUUGGAAGCUAUCUUGCCUUCUCGUGCUCCUAUUCCUUCUUUCGGCAACAAGCAUUUAGAAGAUGUUGUGUUGGCCAAUGCCGAAGGUUACCAAAACAGAGGUGGUGCUUCUUCUUCUGCUUAUGAUGAAGAUGAGGAAGACCAUCAACAAGGUGGUCCUGGUGUUCAAUGUGCUCAACAAUAGACAGCAUAGACUAUUCCCUCACAUUGCAUUUACAAUAUUAAUAAAAUCACACUAAAAAGAGUUUACAAAAACUUUGCACGCACCAAC